UAGCCUUAGGGUUAUAUAGCAGACAAAGAUUACUAAAUAAAAAAGUUGUUUGAUAUUCUCAUAGUUUGUCUAUCACUAAGGUGAAAAACGUUAUAAAACAAUGCCGACAGUGGAAAAAGUAACUGAAGGGUGCGUCCUGGGUGAAGGACCAUUCUGGGACAUAGCCAGCCAAACCCUGUAUUUUGUGGAUAUAUGGGGACAAAAAUUAUUAAAGUAUACACCUUCAACAAAGAAAUUCACCAAGGUAGCAGUUGAAAAACAACCCUCCUUUAUAAUACCCAUCGAAGGUAAAGAAAACGAAUUUAUCGUAUCAUUAGGAAACGAAAUCGUUAUAAUAUCGUGGGACGGCGAAGAUGACAAUAUACAAAUAAUAGAAAAACUGUGUGAAGUGGAUGCUCCAAAGACCUUUAAUGACGGAAGAUGCGACUCCUCUGGUAGACUAUGGACCGGCGACUACAACAUCGCCAAAGACUUUGCCCAAACCCCACCUGUAGGUGCCCUAUACAGUCUUGAUGCAACCAAACAACUCAAAACUCAUAUCACAAAAGUGCGUUGUCCCAAUGGAAUCGCCUUCAAUUAUAAAACCAAAAAAAUGUUCUACAUAGACUCUCUAGAAGGCAGGAUUGACCACUUUGACUUUGACAUCACCACAGGCACUGUCUCCAAUAGGCAACCCUGGUUCACCCUUAAGCAACAUGACAUUCAAGGAGGACCCGAUGGCAUGACCAUAGACUCCGAUGGUAACCUGUGGGUGGCUAUAUUCACAGGCGGUCGUGUUGUGAAAAUUGAUGGAAGCAAAAGUGAGACCUUGUUGGAUACCAUCAUCAUGCCUGUGAAAGACGUGAGUGCUGUGGUUUUUGGUGGACCCAAUUUGGAUGAAUUGUUUGUAACCUCGGCGAAUUUGUCUUGGGGAAACGAACCCAAUCCUGAUGUUACUGGUGCCACUUAUCGAGUGACUGGACUGGGGGUCAAAGGUCUUCCAGCUGCUAAGUUUAAGUUGAAUUAAUUUUGCCGCUGUUCGUCAUAAGUUUCUUACAUUCCUUUGCAAAUAAAUAAUAAAAAUUAAA